CGUCCGUCCGUCCAUCCGUCCAUCCGCCCCCAGGUCCGUCCGUCCGUCCACCCCCGGAUGUGUCCGUCCACGCGGCUGUGGGGCCGCCCGUCCGUCCGCCCCGGCUCCCGUCCCCGGGGCUCUCUGUCCGUCCGUCUGUCCGUCCGUCCCCGGGUCCGUCUGGCCGCCGUGGGUUGGUCUCUCCCCACCCAGGUCCGUCUGUCCGUGGGUCCGUCUGUGGGGCCGUGUGUCCACCCACAUGUCCGUCUGUCCGUCCGUGGGUCCCUCCAUCCAUCCGUGGGUCCGUCCGUCUCUCUGCAGGCGGAUGGCGGCGGCGGCGGCGGCCCCCGAGGCGGAGCGUCCCGGGGGGCCCCGGCCCCUGUUCUGCCGCCGCGGCGCCCUGCGGCACAAGGUGGUUCACGAGGUGAAGAGCCACCGCUUCACCGCCCGCUUCUUCAAGCAGCCCACCUUCUGCAGCCACUGCACCGACUUCAUCUGGGGCAUCGGGAAGCAGGGCCUGCAGUGCAUGGUGUGCAGCUUCGUGGUGCACAAGCGCUGCCAUGAGUUCGUCACCUUCGAGUGUCCCGGCGCCGGGAAGGGGCCCCAGACCGACGACCCCCGCAACAAGCACAAGUUCAAGCUGCACAGCUACAGCAGCCCCACGUUCUGCGACCACUGCGGCUCCCUGCUCUACGGCCUCGUGCACCAGGGCAUGAAGUGCUCGUGCUGCGAGAUGAACGUGCACAAGCGCUGCGUGCAGAGCGUCCCCAGUCUCUGCGGCGUCGACCACACCGAGCGCCGCGGCCGCCUCCAGCUCCGCAUCCAGGCGCUGCCGGGGGAGCAGCUCCACGUCACCGUGGGCGAGGCCCGCAACCUGAUCCCCAUGGACCCCAACGGGCUCUCGGACCCCUACGUGAAGCUGAAGCUCAUCCCCGACCCCAAGAACCUCAGCAAGCAGAAGACCCGCACGGUCAAGGCCACCCUCAACCCCGUCUGGAACGAGGCCUUCCUCUUCGCGCUGCGGCCGGGUGACGCGGAGCGGCGGCUGUCGGUGGAGGUCUGGGACUGGGACCGGACGUCGCGCAACGACUUCAUGGGCGCCAUGAGCUUCGGCGUCGCGGAGCUGCUCAAGGGCCGCGUCGACGGCUGGUACAAGCUGCUGAACCAGGAGGAGGGCGAGUACUACAACGUGCCGGUGGCUGACACCGAGGACUGCGGCCUCCUGCCCAAGUUCCAGGCCUGUAACUACCCCCUGGAGCUCUACGAGCGGGUGCGCCGGGGCCCCCUGCCCUCGCCGUUGCCGUCGCCGUCGCCCCCCCCCGGCGCCGCCGACCCCAAACGCGGCUGCGGCUCCUUCUUCGGCCCCGGCCGCUCCCACAUCUCCGACUUCACCUUCCUCAUGGUGCUCGGCAAGGGCAGCUUCGGCAAGGUGAUGCUGGCGGAGCGGCGCGGGACGGACGAGCUCUUCGCCAUCAAGAUCCUCAAGAAGGACGUGAUCGUCCAGGACGACGACGUCGCCUGCACCAUGGUGGAGAAGCGGGUGCUGGCGCUGGGCCCGCGGCCGCCCUUCCUCACCCAGCUGCACUCCACCUUCCAGACCACGGACCGGCUGUACUUCGUCAUGGAGUACGUCAACGGCGGCGACCUCAUGUACCACAUCCAGCAGGUCGGCAAGUUCAAGGAGCCCCACGCCAUGUUCUACGCGGCUGAAAUCGCCAUCGGGCUGUUCUUCCUGCACAACAAGGGCAUCAUCUACCGGGACCUGAAGCUGGACAACGUGAUGCUGGACGCCGAGGGCCACGUGAAGAUCACGGACUUCGGCAUGUGCAAGGAGGACAUGUUCCCCGGGGCCACCACCCGCACCUUCUGCGGCACCCCCGACUACAUCGCCCCCGAGAUCAUCGCCUACCAGCCGUACGGGAAGUCGGUGGACUGGUGGUCCUUCGGGGUCCUGCUCUACGAGAUGCUGGCCGGGCAGCCGCCCUUCGACGGGGAGGACGAGGACGAGCUCUUCCAGUCCAUCAUGGAGCAGACGGUGACCUACCCCAAGGCCCUGUCCCGCGAGGCCGUGGCCGUCUGCAAGGGGUUCCUGACGAAGCACCCCGGGAAGCGGCUGGGCGCGGGGCCGGCGGGGGAGCAGGAGGUCCGGCAGCACCCCUUCUUCCGCCGCGCCGACUGGGAGCGCCUCGAGCGCCUCGAGGUGCCGCCCCCCUUCACCCCCCGCCCGCCCUCCGUCCCGGCUGCCUCCAUCCCUCCAUCCCGGCCGUCUCCAGCCCUCCGUCCCGGCUGCCUCCAUCCCUCCAUCCCGGCCGCAUCCCUCCGCCGCGGCCGCUGUCUCCAUCCCUCCGUCCCGGCCGCCUCCAUCCGGGCCGUAUCCCUCCGCUGGGGCCGUCUCCAUCCCUCCAUCCCUCCGUCCGUCCCGGCCUCCAUCGCUCCGUCCUUCCUCCGUCCGUCCCUGUUUCCCUCCCUCCGUCCCCGUCUCCAUCCCUCCGUCCGUCCCCGUCCCCAUCCCUCCAUCUGUCCCUGUUUCCCUCCGUCCGUCCCCGUCUCCAUCCCUCCGUCCGUCCCUGUUUCCCUCCCUCCCUCCGUCCCCGCGUCCCCGUUUCCCUCCGUCCUUCCUCCCUCCCCGCGUCCAUCCGUCCUUCCUCCAUCCCUCCGUCCGUCCCUGUCUCCAUCCCUCCAUCCCCGUCCCGCUGCCCCAUGGCGAGCAGGGCCCCGGGCGCCCGGGGGACACCGCAGCGGGGACACGCGUGACGGGAGGAUGAGCGGGUGCAGCAGCCGGGCGCUGACGCUGCUGAGCAGCGUGUUCGGGGCCUGCGGGCUGCUGCUGGUGGGCGUCGCCGUCAGCACCGACCACUGGCUCUACGUGGAGGAGGGCGUCGUGCUGCCCCACAACCAGAGCACCCAGCUGCGCAUGGGGCUCCACGCCGGCCUCUGGCGCGUCUGCUUCUUCGCCGGGCGGGAGAAGGGCCGCUGCGUGGCCUCCGAGUACUUCCUGGAGCCCGAGAUCAACCUGGUGACGGAGAACACGGAGAACAUCCUCAAGACGGUGCGGACGGCGACGCCCUUCCCCAUGGUGAGCCUCUUCCUCGUCUUCACGGCCUUCGUCAUCAGCAACGUGGGGCACAUCCGCCCCCAGCGCACGCUGCUGGCCUUCGUCGCCGGCAUCUUCUUCAUCCUCUCGGGGCUGUCGCUGGUGGUGGGGCUGGUGCUCUACAUCUCCAGCAUCAACGACGAGGUGAUGAACCGCCCGGGCGGCUCCGAGCAGUUCUUCCAGUACCGCUACGGCUGGUCCUUCGCCUUCGCCGCCUCCUCCUUCCUCCUCAAAGAGGGCGCGGGGGUGAUGUCGGUGUACCUGUUCACGCAGCGCUACGCCGAGGAGGAGGGCGGCUGCCGGGCGCCGGGGGCCCUGCUGCGGCCCCGGGGGGGCUCGGCCGGCGGCGGGGGGGGGGCGGGGCGCCUGCUGCCCCCCGCCGCCCCCCGCCGCCCCCGCAGCCCCUCCGACGCCUCCUCCGAGGCCUCCGGGCCCCCCCCCGCGCCCCCCCGGCCCCCCCUCCUCUACCUGCCCCGCGGCCACCUCUCCACCUCCCCCUGCUAGGGGACCCCCCCGGGGGGGCAGGGGACAGCGGGGGGGCCAGGGGGACACUGGGGACAUCAGGGACACCGGGGGGGCCGGGGACAUCAGGGACGCCGGGGCCCAUGGGGACACCAAGAGCCAAGGGGACGUCAGGGACACCGGGGGGACCAGGGACACCGGGGGUCAUGGGGACACUGGGGACCGUGGGGACACCAGGGCCUAUGGGGACACCAAGAGCCAGGGGGACAUUGGGGACACUGGGGGGACCAGGGACACCGGGGGCCAUGGGGACACCAAGAGCCAAGGGGACAUUGGGGACACUGGGGGGACCAGGGCCACCAGGGCCUAUGGGGACACCAAGAGCCAAGGGGACAUUGGGGACACUGGGGGGACCAGGGCCACCAGGGCCCAUGGGGACACCAAGAGCCAAGGGGACAUUGGGGACACCGGGGGGACCAGGGACACCAGGGCCCAUGGGGACAUCAGGGGCCGUGGGGACACCAGGGCCUAUGGGGACACCAAGAGCCAGGGGGACAUUGGGGACACUGGGGGGACCAGGGACACCGGGGGCCAUGGGGACACUGGGGGCCGUGGGGACACCAGGGCCUAUGGGGACACCAGGGCUAGAAGCAGCCAUGGGGACACCAGGGCCCAUGGGGACAUCGGGGACACCAAGGGGACCAGGGACACCAGGGCCUAUGGGGACACCAAGGACACCAGGGGUAGAAGCAGCCAUGGGGACACCAGGGCCCGUGGGGACAUCGGGGACACCGGGGAGACCAGGGACACCAGGACCCACGGGGACACUGGGGGCUGUGGGGACACUGGGGACAUCAGGAGCCAUGGGGACACCAGGACCCGUGGGGACAUCAGGGACACCAGGGCCUAUGGGGACACCGGGGGCCGAGGGGACAUCAGGGGCUGCAGGGACACCAAGGACACCAGGACCCGUGGGGACAUCAGGGACACCAGGACCCACGGGGUCACUGGGGGCUGUGGGGACACUGGGGACACCAGGAGCCAUGGGGACACCAGGACCCGUGGGGACAUCAGGGACACCAGGGCCUAUGGGGACACUGGGGGCUGUGGGGACACUGGGGACACCAGGAGCCAUGGGGACACCAGGACCCGUGGGGACAUCAGGGACACCAGGACCCACGGGGACACUGGGGGCUGUGGGGACACUGGGGACACCAGGAGCACCAGGGGCCACGGGGACAUCGGGGACUGCGAGGACACUGGGGACACCGGGGCCCAUGGGGACAUCGGGGACACCGGGGGCCAUGGGGACAUUGGGGACACCGGGGGCCAUGGGGACACGGGGGGGUGGCAGGGGCCAUGGGGACAUUGGGGACACCGGGGGCCAUGGGGACAUUGGGGACACGGGGGGUGGCAGGGGCCAUGGGGACAUUGGGGACACCGGGGGCCGUGGGGACACGGGGGGGUGGCAGGACCCCGGGGGGGGCGGUGGGGACACUGGGGACCCCGGGGACGAGGCCACCGCGGGGGGCGGGGACACCUCGGCCCUGCCACCCCCCCCCCCGGGGCCAUCUUGUCCCGCCGCCGCGGCCAAUGAGGGACAGGAAGUGGCUCGGCGGCCAUCUUGUCCUGCCACCGUGGCCAAUGGAGCUCCGUGGCCAUCUUGUCCCGCCAACCAUGGUCAACAGUGGACAGGAAGUGGCUCGGCGGCCAUCUUGUCCCACCGCCGCGGCCAAUGAGGGACAGGAAGUGGCUCAGCGGCCAUCUUGUCCCACCGCCGCGGCCAGUGAGGGACAGGAAGUAGCUCGGCGGCCAUCUUGUCCCGCCACCGCGGCCAAUGAGGGACAGGAAGUGGCUCGGCGGCCAUCUUGUCCCGCCACCAUGGCCAAUGAGGGACAAGACAUAGCUCGGCGGCCAUUUUCUGCCAGCCGCGGUGAACAACGGACAGGUCGGAGCUCGGCGGCCAUCUUGUCCCGCCAACUGUGGCCAAUAGUAGACAGGACUUCGCUUGGCGGCCAUCUUCUCCUGCCAGCCACGGCCAAUAGUGGACAAGACACACCUUGGCGGCCAUCUUCUGCCAACCCCGGCCAGCAAGGGACAGGGCUGAGCUCGGUGGCCAUCUUGUCCCGCCAUCCUUGGCCAGUGAUAGACAAGACGUGGCUUGGCGGCCAUCUUGUCCCACCAACCAUGGCCGCCGAUGGCCAAGACGCGGCUUGGCGGCCAUCUUCUGCCAACCACGGCCAGCGGUGGACAGGACGUAGCUCGGCGGCCAUCUUGUCCCCCCAACCGUGGCCAAUAAUGGCCAAGACGUGGCUCGGCGGCCAUCUUCUGCCAACCACAGUGAACAGUGGACAGGACUGAGCUUGGCAGCCAUCUUGUCCCUCCAAC